CAGCGCCUGCAACGCCACACGGCCACAAGAUAUUGUUUGUCAAUAAUUAUUUUUCGUUAGUUCGUAGCUUUGUCAAAAAAUGUUGCAUACGUUUACAAUAAUAUAAACUGUCCAUCUGAUAAAUAAAUACGGCUACAUAUAGAUAAUUUAUUAUUUAUUGAUAAGGUUUUAUUAAAAAAAUCUUUAGAUAUGUGAAUUUCGGUAUACAUAAGUGUGAUAACUAAGAAAAAAAUUGAACGUCGUACGUGUUUAAGUUGAAGAUUUUUGUGGCUGUCAAUGGGUGCUUGUGAAUGAUUAAUUACUUUUACAUUAAUAAAAAAAUUCAAUAACUUGUUACUUAUUUACGAAUACGUUUUGUUUUUUUUUUUUUUUUUUUUUUUACGACAAAUGAUACUCAACAUAUCAAUAAUUAAAUAAAAAUAAAAUUUUAUCACUCUGUAAUAAUUAUUAAUUUUAUUCUAUGGGCACUUUGAUCAUGACGAAUAUAAAGGAGAUACUGAUGCAUGGUGAUGGUAUUGGAGAUAGAGUUGAUAAAGUUAUUAAAAAAUUAUUAAUAACAUCAAGUUGAUGUACGACUGGUGAAUUAUUUCGAUCAACGCAGUUGAGUAAAUCAGGAGCCUGUUGGGAGGAUUUAUUUAUUUAUUUUAUUAAUUUUGUUUGUAUAAAAAAUAAAAAGGAUAAAAAAAAUCAAUUUACAUGAAACGAACAAGCCGCAUAAAGAGAAAUACUCUCUUUUGAGAAGGUUAAGCGGUGACUAAAAUUUUAUUCAGAUGAACAAUGAACCAUUCGGGAAGCGGUAAACGUCAGGCGAAGGUAUUGGAAGAUAAUUAUUGGGACUGCAGUGUCUGCACGUACAGAAAUACAGCAGAAGCAUUCAAGUGCCUAAUGUGCGACGUGCGUAAAGGUACUUCUACGCGGAAACCCCGCAUCAAUCCUCAAUUGGCCGCUCAACAGGCUGCACAACAACAGUAUGUGCCUCUGUUGAAGCCAGGUAAAAAAGAAGGUGGCAGUGGGAGUAGUACGACAAGUUCGUCAAAGGAUAACAAAGAACGUAAAUUGGAUAAGCCGAGAAGGAAAAACCGGCAUCCACCGCGAUUGAAAAAUGUCGAUCGCAGUACUGCCCAAACAAAUGAAGUAACUGUUAACAAUGUUACCGUAAUUAUAACCGAAUAUAAGCCUAAAGUUAAAAAGAACUCUGACCAGUCGGGCUUAUCGAGUAGUGCUUCUUCGGAAAAUGGAAGUCAGCAUGACUCCAAUCAAGACUCACGGAGUCUAGAUAUUGGUACUGACACUUGAAAUUACUAGUUGAUUGUUUUAUUAAUCAUUAUUAUUAUAUGUAUUGAUAGUUAUAGAUUAAUGUAUAUUUUUUAUUAUCUAUUAUCUGCAUCGUUGGUACGAUUUUCAUUUAUAUUAUUUCUUUGUCAUGUUUUUUUUAUACUGCUAUUAAUUUUAUCAUUUCUACAAGCAACUAAUAUUUCUAAAUUUAUUCAUUUUCUUGCACAAUUUUUUUUUUUUAACGAGAAUAUACUUGUUUUUAAAUUUUAUUCGUUAUAUUAAAUGGUGCAAGUGCCUUUUUAUUUCAUAAAAGACUGUUCAUUACGCCCAAUUACACACAAAAUCAUUUUUUUUUUCUUUUUAUUUAUUUAAAUUUAGUCUCAAGUACUUUGAAAAAAUAAUUAACAAUUUCCUAUAAAGAUUUACUUUUAUUUUGUAUCUGAAAAAGUAAAAAAAAAAAUUAAUUCAGAUUUUCAAUAUUUUUGAUCUUCCUCUAAGAUUUUUUCCAUACACCAAAUGCAGAAGGAAUAAAAAAAAAAUAUUACGGCCAAUCAACAGACUUAAAGUCAUUAUUAUUUUUAAUGUAAGCGUUUAGUAAUUUUAAUUGUUCAAUUAACACUGCCAUAGAGCAAAACAUAAAAUAAUAUUUUUUAUUUAUAAUUAAAAUAAAUAGUUUUUCUUUUUUAUGUUGAUCGAAAUAAAUGCAGUAGAACUUUGAAAUAUUUAAAAGUAAAAAGAAAUAAAAUAAUUUCUACUGUUUAUCAUUCCGAAGUUAAUAACAACUGAUCUUUAAAUAUUUUUGUAUGAUUUAUUGUUAAAUUAUCAUAGAUCUCAUUUAUUGUAAACAAUGUUUGAAAUUUUCACUGCAUUUAAUAAAAAAUUUUUAAUGUGCAUAAUGUUAUUUUGUUAUCUAAAUAAUUUUGUAAUAGCGUCAAAUUAACAAUAUGCCAUUAUAUAUAUAUAUUAUAUAAAUAAAUAAAUAUAUUUAAGUGUGUAAAUAAUAGUUUAAUAAUAGGACAAUAGUCCUGAGUACUUCAUUGUGAAGUAUUAAAAUUAUUAGCAAACCAAUAGCGGGGAUGGGAAAAUAUUCCACUGAAUGAUUAUUUGGUAAUUGAUUUAAUUAUUAAAUAAUUAAUAUUCAAUUUACUCUUGUAAUUAAAAAUAUA